CUCUUAGUGAAUUAAGAAGUGAUGGACCUCCAAUCUUUUAUUAGUGUCCUUGCGUUUAUUGUUGUAUCAAGAGUUAUACAAUUAUGGUAUGUUCAACAAAGGGUCACUCAAAACACGACUCAUAGACUCCCACCAGGUCCACCAAGGUGGCCCAUAGUUGGAAAUCUUCUCCAACUUGGGCCGCUGCCUCAUAGAGACCUGGCUUCUUUCUGUGAACGUUAUGGACCUUUGGUUUAUCUACGUUUGGGGAAAGUGGAUGCCAUCACCACCAAUGACCCUAACAUCAUCCGCGAGAUACUUGUUAAACAAGAUGAUGUUUUCGCAUCCCGACCUCAAACCCUAGCCGCGGUUCACUUAGCUUACAAUUGCGGUGAUGUCGCACUAGCACCUUUCGGCCCUCGUUGGAAAUGGAUGCGAAGGAUAUGCAUGGAACAACUUCUCACAACAAAGAGACUCGAAUCGUUCGCGAAGCAACGCGCAUCCGAAGCCCAACAUUUGGUACAAGAUGUAUGGGCCUUGUCUCAAGCCAAUGGCCCAAUUAACCUAAGAGAAGUUUUAGGUGGUUUCUCUAUGAACAAUGUGACCCGAAUGUUGUUAGGUAAACAAUACUUCGGGUCAGGCUCAGCCGGGCCGAAAGAGGCCAUGGAGUUUAUGCACAUAACCCAUGAGCUCUUUUGGCUACUAGGCUUGAUCUAUUUGGGCGAUUAUCUACCAUUUUGGCGAUGGAUCGACCCGUAUGGUUGUGAGAAGAAAAUGAGAGAAGUGGAGAAAAGGGUGGAUGAUUUUCACAUGAAAAUCAUUGAAGAACAUAGGCAAAGAAAGAAGAAUGGAGAACAAAAAGAUGAAGGAAUUAUGGACUUUGUUGAUGUUUUAUUAUCUUUGCCAGGUGAAGAUAGUAAAGAUCAUAUGGAUGAUAGACAAAUCAAAGCUCUAGUUCAAGAUAUGAUAGCUGCGGCAACAGAUACUUCAGCGGUAACUAACGAAUGGGCAAUGGCUGAAGUAAUCAAACAUCCACACGUUCUUCGAAAGAUCCAAGAAGAGCUAGACAACGUUGUAGGCCCUGACCGUAUGGUCUCGGAGUCAGAUUUGUCGAAUCUGAACUACCUACGAUGCGUGGUUCGAGAAACCUUUCGUAUGCACCCAGCGGGACCGUUUCUCAUCCCACAUGAGUCACUACGUGCCACGGAGAUCAAUGGCUAUUACAUUCCUGCCAAGACCAGAGUGUUCAUUAACACUCAUGGUCUUGGGCGGAACACUGUCUUAUGGGAUGACAUUAAUGUGUUCCACCCAGAACGACAUUUGACUAGUGACGGAUCUCGAGUGGAGAUUAGUCACGGAGACGAUUUCAAAAUCUUACCGUUUAGUGCGGGGAAGAGGAAGUGUCCGGGCGCACCACUUGGCGUGACACUUGUUUUGAUGGCGUUGGCUCGACUUUUCCAUUGCUUUGAUUGGAGCCCACCCGAUGGCUUGAAAUGUGAGGAUAUAGAUACACAAGAAAUAUAUGGUAUGACGAUGCCUAAAGCCAAACCGUUAAUGGCCGUUGCAAAGCCCCGUUUAGCAAGUCAUAUGUAUCAAUGACGAAACAAUAAUUAAUAAACUAGAAAGAAAACUAUUUGCAACUGGAGCAUUCAACUUUUAUAUAAGAAGUGACAAAAAAUAAAUUGAAUUUUGCAAUUUUAAUUGUUACUAUUGAAUUUCCAUA